GAUAUCAUUUUUGUGUGCAGAACAUAACAGUUUUCUCAUCUAUAUUUAUUUGCAGUCACUGUAAAUGUUUUCAAAACAGACUACAGUGGAAUCAGUAAAGCAGACUUCGACUCCAGGGUCCUCCGAUGCUAAAAAGAAGGAUCCCACUGCUACCGUUGAAACAGGCCCACCAAAAACUGAGCCAGCACCAAAAGAGGGUGCAGCUCCACCACCUACAGAUGCUAAAACAACAGCAAAACAACCGGCGGCCGCUCCAACUUCGGAGACAAAGGAACCUGAAAAACAUGUCCCAGGCCCGCCACCAUCUUCGGAUGCUAAAACAACCACAAAACAACCUGUGGACCUUCCAACAUCAAAGACAAAGGAACCCGAAAAACCAGAUAUUGUGAGUGAUGCAAAAGUCCCUCCUCAGCCAGGAAGUGUUCAGCCUGUAGACAAGAAGUCCACUCCAGAACCAUCUCAGCCUCAACCGGAAGUUAAAGUACAAGUUCAACAACCAGUAACAACCAGCAGUCCCCAGGCUCCUGCGGGUCCCACCAGUCCUCCUGCGGCGGCCCCUUUAACGACUCAGCCAGCAUCAAAACCGACACCAGAACCACAAGCUCCAGCAGCUGCAACAGCUCCACAACCAGUAAUAGCAACCAGUCCCGCAGCUCCUGGUCCUACCGUUCCUCCUGCGGCGGCCCCUUUAAAGACUGAGCCAGCAGCAAAACCGACAACAGCACCACAAGCGCCAGCAGCUGCACCAGCAACAACGCCAGCAACGGCCCCAGCUGAACCAACGCCCAAACCAACAACAGAACCACAACCUUCUGCACCAGCAACACCAGCAAAGCAAACAGCAGAUGCCCAAGCUGCCAAGCGCGAAGCCUCUGUCCGGACUGUUACUUUUGAGGCAGGCCCUCCCAAAACCGAACCAGCAGCAACAAAAGCUCCACAACCUGCAACAGCAGUCAGUCCCCAGGCUCCUGCAGGUCCCACCAUUCCUCCUGCAGUGGUCCCUUUAACGACUGAGCCAGUACCAAAACCAACAACAGAACCACAAGCUCCAGGGGUUACACCCGCAGCAAAGCAAGGAACAGAUGCCCAAGUUGCAAAGGACAAGAAACCAGAAACUCCUGCUACUGUGAGUGAUGCAAAAGCCCCUCCCCAACCUGUAAGUGAUAAGCCUGGAGACCAGAAGUCCACUCCAGCCCCAUCUCAGCCUCAACCAGAGAGUAAAGCUCAAGCUCCACAACCCGCAACAGCAGUCACUCCCCAGGCUCCUGCUGGUCCUACCGUUCCUCCUGCGGCGGCCCCUUUAAAGACUGAGCCAGCAGCAAAACCAACAACAGCACCACAAGCGCCAGCAGCUCCACCAGCAACAACGCCAGCACCGGCUCCUACCACUGCUCCUGCGGCAGCCCCUUUAACAACUGAACCAACAGCAAAACCGACCACAGCACCACAACCUCCGGCGACUGCACCAGCAACACCAGCAAAGCAAGCAGUGGAUACCCAAGCUCCACAACCAGCAACAGCAGUCAGUCCCCAAACUCCUGCUGUCCCUUUAACAACUCAGCCAGCACCAAAAUCAACCACAGAACCACAAGUUCCAGGGGUUGCUCCAGCAACAACGCAAGUACCGGCUCCACAACCAACAGCAGCAGUCAGUCCCCAAGCUCCUGCAGCCCCCACCGUUCCUCCUGCGGCAGCCCCUUUAACGACUCAGCCAGCACCAAAACCGACAACAGAACCACAAGCUCCAGCAGCUGCACCAGCAACAACGCCAGCACCGGCCCCCACCGUUCCUCCUGCGGCGGCCCCUUUAAAGACUGAGCCAGCAGCAAAACCGACAACAGCACCAGAAGCGCCAGCAGCUGCACCAGCAACAACGCCAGCACCGGCCCCCACCGUUCCUCCUGCGGCAGCUCCUUCAACAACUCAACCAACACCAAAACCGACAACAGCACCACAAGCUCCAGCAGCUGCACCAGCAACAACACCAGCAGCAGCUCCACAACCAACAACAGCAGCCAGUCCUGCAGCUCCUGCAGGUCCCGCCGUUCCUCCUGCGGCGGCUCCUUUAAAGACUGAGCCAGCGGCAAAACCGACAACAGCACCACAAGCGCCAGCAGGUGCAGCAGCAGCCAAGCCAGCACCGGGAGCUCCCACUGUUCCUCCUGCGGCGGCCCCUUUAACAACUCAACCAACACCAAAACCAACGGAACCACCACCUUCAGCAACUACACCAGGAGCACCAGCAAAGCAAACAGCCGAUGCCCAAGCUGCAAAGAAACCGGAAACGCCUGAUAUAGAACCCGCUGAGGAAACUGAAAUAGACCAAGAAGAAGCAGCUAAGGCACUGAAAAUAAAAUUAAUAUGCAAUUUGUUAAAACAAUGCCCUCCAGGUGAAUUCAAGAAUGUUUUUGAAGACCUUCGCUUUCUGCUUUGUGAUGAUAAACUCAUGAAGCAAGAGGUUGCUCAGGUGUGCGCUAAUCAUUCCAAGAAAAAUUUCACCACUGCAAACAUCAAAGGGGACAAUGUGCUGGUGACUCGCCAUAAUGACAUGGAAGGUGAUCGUUUCUUUGAUCCACAGAUCAAGCUUUCUUUCACAUUUGAUCAUCUGAAUAGAAGAGCUGACAAAAUUCUGCUUUAUUGUAAUAUUAGGAGAGAUAAGGCAGAGUUAUGGAGAGAAACCCUUAAUGUGACCUUGGAAGCAUAUAUGAAGAGGCAUUUCAUUUCAGGAGUUUGUCGGGUCUACAGAAAAACAAUUAGAAACAAACCAUUUCUUGUGAUCUGCAUGGAAAGCCACCAGAAUAAGAAAUUCUGGAACUUUCUCUGGAAAUCAGAAUGGAUAAUUGCAAUAACUCCACCUGUUUCAGAAAUCAAAGGGGAUUUAAAAGUACAGCUGCAUUAUUUCAAAAAAGGUAAUCUUCACUGGACAGCAAGUAGUACUGCUGAAGGUUCCAUAUAUUUAAUUCAUCGGGACCAAUUUGCCUUGGAUUUUGAGAAAUUUAUUGAAGCUGAAGAUAACAAAUUUCAGAUGGAUCUGGUGAAAAGCCUCUACGAUUUGUCAAAUGAAACAUGGAGAGAGUUUCGGAGAAGGCUCCCAGUUACUCGCACUUCAAUCUCUUGGGAUAUACUGAUGAUGACUUAGUGAAAAGCGGUGAAGGCCUUUGGAAAUGAUGGAUCAUUAUAGUUGCUGCAAUGCCUGUGUGAAUGAAAUAAUGACCAAAUAAAACAACAGUUGUGUAGUA